CUGGAGGAAAACUACCAAAUAUCUGUUCAGUAUGCGCAUAGAGUGGCUGUCUUGCCAAGUAGUCAGCGUCUGGUUAGUAGCGGUUACGUAGACCUGAGAGCUAAGGCUAACUUCACAGCUUGAAUUCGUUUGCGCAGGAGAUCCGGACAUAUCGACUGCCGCCCCUUCUGUUUCUCGAGAAGAAGCCCUAGCUGUUAGGCCUCACGAGGACGCAAUCCCCGCAUGCAGUCAGUCUUUGACAGCUGAGUCAGGCAGUCACCCUGUAUCGCCCACAUCCGUCGCUUCUUCUAUGGCGAAGAGGCCACCAGAAGAAGACCUCGAGCACCAGGGGAAACGACUCCGAAAGGGGAGCACAAGCCCAAUUCCUGGGUUGUCCAAGAAAACUAUCGACUUCGACAAGCUCUACGACGAUGGAAACGCCAAGUAUAAACACCGAAUUCUUCAGUACGGUAGCGAUUGGUUUAUCCUAAGGUGUGAUGAGCAUGACGUUCAUUUUCCAUACAAAGCGGCCGUAGCAGCCGGGUCGCAUCUAAGGGGUUAUUCCCAUGGAGGCUCAUCAGCGGCCUUGCCGGCAGUGAUUGAAGCCUUCGGUAUCCGAGUCAAUGGCUGUAAUAAGGAAAUGGCUGAACUUAACAACGAAAGGUUUUGACACGCCUUGAAGAAUGGGUAUCGCGUGUUUAAGUCCAGCAACCCUCAAGAUGCGAGCCUACCGGUCGGUAUGUUUCCCGAAGCAACCAUGAUCUCUUUACUGACUGUGGUGAUUCGCACUAGGGACUGCUGUUGCCGAGGAGAUAGUAGUUGCUUGUCCGCACAGCCCCGACUCAUGUUCACUUGGUCCGCAUGAGCCAAUGACGACAUCGAACUCUGCCAUCCAAACGCACAGCGACC